CCUGGGCAUUGUUACUCGGCGUCCAUUCCCACAUCCAACAUGAGGGUCUACACUGUGGUUUUGGUGCUAACAGUGGCUCCCGCUGUUCUGGCUGGCUACUUCCAGUACUUCGAUAACUUCAAGAACAUCAACGACGAAGAUGUAAUCGACUGUAUGGUGAAAGAAAAGAUAGACAGUUGCAGCGACAUACUGCGCGAAAUCAAGGAUAAAUUUGAUGACAUACUGGCAACCAACUGCGGGGAAUGUGAUGUGGAGGAGAGGGAGGAGUUCAUGAAAUACGCCGCAGGAUUCACCCACCGUCACGCCGAUGUGAGCAAGAUGAUCUUGGACAGGUACGAUCCCGAAAGGAAGUACGAGAAGAAGUACGGAGAAACGUGGGCCGAGAAAGGCAUCGCUCUGCUCUGAGGACUUCCGAUCAUCACUCUUUCACUUUCGUGUAAAUCUGUUAUUCAAUAAAGGCCUCACGUUCUCCUA